GAUACUUUCCCGUGUCACGUGAUGUGGGCAGAAACGCUCUCCGCGACUUCACCUUAGUGGACGAUUCAAACGCUCCAUGUGUGUGGUGGUGUGUGUGUGAAAGCAUCAGCAUGGAAAUGUUGAAGAUAGAGAAAGUCGUUGUUGGGAGUGAUAUGAUGUCCACUGCAGCAGAGAUCAAGUCUGAGCCCGUCAUCACCCCCGUGCAGUCCUAUCAGCAUGAGAGUCUACAGUGUUUUCAAUGCUUCAUCACCUUCUGUAACUCCAAAGCCAAGGAGAGGCACAUGAGGAAGAGUCAUCGGGAGCAGUACAAACAGCAGCUGCAGCAGACUGAUACACUCUUCACAUGCUACAAGUGUGACAAGUGCUUCUCCUCCUCUGAGGAGCUCAGCCAGCACCAGGCCUCCCACAGCACAGAGGAGAAGCCCUUCUGCUGCCCUUAUUGCCAGCAAAGCUUCUUUACUUUCACUGAGCUGACAAAACACAGACGACAUCAAUGCAUAGAGCGACGGUGUCCCUGUAGAGACUGCGGUGCCUUGUUCCCCAGUCCUUCGCGACUUCGUAACCAUCGUAUCGCAGUGCACCCCCAGCGCCCGAUAGUGGCUGAAGACAUCAACACCUACCAAUGUUGCAAAUGUAGUAGUGGUUUCCAGACGGAAGAAGAGCUCCUGCAGCACCAGGAGAAAUUUGCUAAUAGUCAAAACUGUGACGUUAAGCCGCCAGCCAAAAAACGUGGCCGUAAACCCAAGAACGCAGCUGAGGUAGGGAUGGUUAACAGCAAGAAGAUCAAACAAGAAGAAGCAGAAGAGGAAUUUAAAGGAUACAGUGAUUCUCUGACAGAGGGAUACACCCCCAAUGAGGCUCAACCGGAGCUCAAGAUCCCUUGUCCUGAAGCAAAUUGUGACCUCAUAUUCCCUUCUGUUGCUUCCCUGCGGGUACACAAGAAGGAGAAACAUGGGUCUACCUUGCCCCCUCAGAAGGCUCAUGCAUGCACAGAAUGUGAUGAAAGCUACACUCGGCCUGACCAGCUCAAAGCACACAUGGCCAGAGCUCACCGCCCUGGAUACACCUGCCCUACCUGUGGAAAGAGCUUUGCGCGAGAGAGCGCCUUAAAGGUCCACCAGAAUACCCACACUGAGGGAGAGGAGGUGGCAGAAAAAAGAUAAUAUAUGUGGAAAAGCCUGCAUCUUCAUCCUACAUCAUCCAGUUAAAUGAUUCUCAGACUUAUAUUCUGCUUAGUGUGGGAAAAAGAUUUUUAUGUGAAUAAUUUAGGGUGAGAGUUUUUGGAAGCAAGGUUAUGCCACACAGUAUGGAGAUUGUUUUUGGAACACUGUCUUUAAAAUUGCUCUUAGAAAGACAUCUUACACUUGUGAAUAAAACUCUGUAACAGUCUGUACAUAUUUAUGGCCACUAUGAGCUCAUGUCACAAAGCCCUUUUGCUGUCCAUAUUACCUCUAUUGUACUGGAAAUGUUUUAUAUUCAUUGUAGAAUAACUAGCUAAUUCUCCUGCACGUGGGGGAAUGUUUUAUAUUUAACUGUUGCAUUUUAUUUUCAGGAAAAUAAAAGUGACAAUUAUGAGGAGAAAAACAUAAUGAAAUCCAAAAUCAGAUAAAUGGGCCAAUGUAUAGGAUUCUGAACUAUGGGACUUCAAUGAUGUAAUCUCGGGAUCUAAUGUUUCUCUUUUCAAAAAUAAAUAAUUGUUGCAUUAAACAGUA